CAUUUACGCCACCUACUUGAAACACACCGCUUACAAGAUCACCACAUUUUUGUCGACAGUGCAUCUAUAUUGGCAGGAAUGCAAAUACUUUCGCUCCUCAUCCACGUUUUGCUCAGCCAGCUGCUGAUUUGCGCUGAGCGCAGCCCAAGGCUGCUCCAGCAUCGCCGUUCGUCGGACAUUCUGAGUUUGUCACCUGGCGAAUGGACCGCAUUGCUAACGUGGCUCCGCGCAUGAAUGACGAGGGCUGGUUCCAGUACCUCAGCUACAUCCACAACGCCGAAUUCGGCAACAUUCACGGCAACGACAUGUUCUUCCCUUGGCACCGCCGGUUCCUUCGCGACUUUGAAGAGAUCGGCCAGCGCUAUGACGGCGGCUUUUGCUGUUCCAUACUGGGACCUCAUGGGCGGAUGGACGCUAUCGUUCCCAACAACCACUGCCUAUCGCGCGCUUUUGACCGCGGCGGCGGCAUCCAGCCUUGGUACUCGCCCGAGUACAUCUACUCGGUGAUGCAGCGCGACGGCUCGAUGAACAGCUUCCGCCAGCAUAUCGAGUUCACCAUCCACGGCAGCGUGCACCUGGGCAUUGGCGGCGACAUGAGCACGUACUGGAGCCCUAACGACUUCAUCUUCAUGCUGCACCAUGCAAACUUGGACCGUCUGUGGCAGCAGUGGCAGAACUGGGGCCACCAGAUGACAAUGGACGGCCGCGAUUCACGCGGCAACUGGGUUGGCCUGGGGAGCCCCAUACCGCACUACAACGACGAGGUUGGCUUCUACCAUGCAACUCGGCGUCAACCGCAUGUGCUUCCAGUAUGCAGGUGUCGGCGGCGCCCGCGCUAUGAGCUUCUCAGUGUCGGAUCGCAACGAAAACCGCCUGUCGCUUGUGCUGGCCAAGGCCAAGGAAUGAUGAAGCAGCGCAAUACCACGCGAACCACCAUGUCGCCGAACAUCAGCUCUGGCGGCCAGAUGCUGGUGCCGCCCACAAAGCUCACUGACUCUUGGAUCAACAUGCACAGAUUUGACCGUAGCAGCGUCAACAAGGUGAUGCAGGAGGCGCAGGAGUUUGUGAGCGACAUGAACUCGGUAAACUACCUCUCGCCAUUCUGAGGGCGGGGGCAUAGGCUAUAAUGAACGGAAACUGCUGAGCAGUUUUGAUUGAUUUCUUGUGAAUAUGCAAUAUAUGCCCGAGCACAUGCC